AUGACAUACUUCCUGGGCAUAGAGGUCCAUAAGUCCAAAAGGGGACUGCUUAUGCACCAAAGGGGAUAUUCUAUUGAGAUAUUGAAGAAGUGUGAUAUGGAGCAUUAUAAUGCUGCCAUUACACCAGCUGAACCAAGGUUGCAGCUAUCCAAGAAUGAAGAGCAGCAGAACCUAGAUCCUACUCAAUAUAGAAGGUUGAUUGGAUCAUUACGUUACUUGUGCAAUACGCGGUCAUAUUUGGCGUUUAGUGUCGUGGAAGAGUUGAGCAGCAAUGAGAGUGAGAUUGUCACACUAUUUGUUGAUAAUGUUUUAGCCAUUAAUCUUGAUAGGAACCCAAUUUCACAUGGGAGGAGCAAGCACAUUGAGAUGAAGUUUCACUACUUGAGGGGGCUUUUUAGUGAAGGCAAGUUAAGAUUGAGAUAUUGUAGAAGUGAGAACCAAGUUGCUCAUUUGUUGACUAAGGGAGUCGCAAAUGAUGUGUUUAAGAGUUUGAAGAUGAGCAUGUGCAUGAAAGACUUGGAUCACUUGAAUUAA